AUGGUUUUGACGGCUGAUGGUCCAGCGCAGGACGCAAACAACCCUGAGACCGAGAACCCCGCAACUCCGCCGCCACCGUCGUCUCCAUUGCAACAGCCCUCCGUUUCCGCGGAUCACGAAUCCGAGGCAGCUCAGGAGGAAGAGCGACCCCCGCCCUUACCCCCGCGACCGAACACCUUGCGCCUCCUGGAUGAAGGAGGCGCCUCGCUAUGCACAUCCCGCCCUGGAGCACCGACGAAUCUCCAGUCCAGAGCUACAACAGCGGUAUCCUUGACGGAUAUCGGUUGUCAUGAUGCGGGGAAAGAGAGUCACGUUGUGCGCGAAGGCUCGGAGACGCUGAAGGCCCAGGCGAGUCUCAAUCACCUGACAAGUUCUCGCGGGAGCGAGACUGGAGACACGGCGAGUAUCCGCAGCUCGGAACCUCAAGGGGAUAUCGGUGAUGUGGAGAAUGUCUUUGGGGACUUUGUCGCGACCGAUACUGGUCUCAUCCGCAAGCAUAGCACGGGGCUCCUACAAUUCCCGGAGUUCCAAGCGGAUGACGUGGAGGACGACUUCGCAAGCGAGUUCGAGCCCGUCGGAGAGGUGGAUGAGGAAGGGGGAAAUGAAGAGCAAGUCCUUGCGAAUUGGAAAGCGAAACGGAAACACUAUCUUAUCCUCUCGGCUGCUGGCAAGCCGAUCUGGACACGACAUGGGGAUGGAGGACUUAUAUCCACAUAUAUCGGUGUCAUCCAAACGAUCAUCUCGUUCUACGAGGAAUCCAAGGACCCUUUGAGCAGCUUCACCGCGGGGGAUACCAAGUUCGUGAUAGUAACAAAGGGGCCCCUGCACCUUGUCGCCAUCAGCCGGAUGCUCGAGAGCGAUACACAACUCAAGCUCCAGUUAGAAGCUUUGUACAUGCAGAUUCUAUCAACGCUAACCCUGCCCUCUCUCACGCAUCUUUUCUCCAUCCGCCCUUCGACCGACCUGAAGCGGCCCCUCCAAGGAUCGGAGACGCUUCUAUCCACCUUAGCCGACAGCUUUACGAAGGGAUCCCCCUCCACGCUCCUCUCGGCGCUGGAAUGCCUUAAAAUCCGCAAAUCCCACCGUCAAGCUAUCAACAACACCCUUCUAAAAACAAAGGUCAGUAGCCUGCUUUACGGCCUGGUCGUCGCCGGCGGCCGGCUCGUCAACGUCGUCCGGCCGAAAAAACACUCCCUCCACCCCGGGGAUCUCCAACUCCUGUUCAACAUGAUCUUCGAAGCCGAGGCCGUCAAGGCCGGUGGCGGCGAAAGCUGGAUCCCCGUCUGCCUCCCGGGGUUCAACAGCAGCGGCUAUCUGUACAUGUACGUCAGCUUCCUCGAUCUUCGCGAUGACGCAAACGCUGCCGCCAACGAUACAACAACAACCACCAAAGAGGAAUCUGUCGCCAUCGUCCUGAUCAGUGCCAACAAGGAAAGCUUUUUCGAGUUGCAGGGCAUGCGCGAUGCAUUCGUGGAGCAAAUGGAGAAAACCGGCAGCAUCAAGAUCAUUAAAGAAGCCGUCGCGAAAGGCCGCCCCAGCACGACGGACAUCGUCCCGGGGACCGUCUUGCAUCACUUCCUGUACAAGUCGCGGGCGAAUGUCCAGUUCACCAUGUCGUCCUACGACCCUGAGUUUUCCACUGUCUCGCGCCGGCGAAGAUUGAUGUCAACCUACAAUAACCUUCAUGCGAGCAUUCAUGCCAAGCAUACGCACGUCAAAGUCCACCAUUGCGUGUCUCAAUCGUCUAGCUCCUUCGCUUGGGUGACUCCGAUGUUCGAGCUCUAUUGCGUGGCGGGCGCGAAUGCGAAUCGCAACGCUCUGGCUCAGAGCGUGAGUAAGAUCAUUGAGUGGGUGCGACAAGAGGAAGAGCGGCUUUUUAUCAUUGGCGGUGCAGUUUUUUGA